AUGGACCCCACAUUCGCAGCAGCCUUGACCGGAGGCCUCUUUGGCUCGGCGUUGACGAUAUCCGGCGUCGCCGCACCUUCGGCCAUUAUUGGACAGUUUCAAUUCUCCGACUAUCAUAUGGUCCUCACAUUCUUGACAGCAUCGGCCUGCGGAGCACCCAUCUUCCUCCUAGCAAGUCGCAGCAACCAUGCGCAGAUUUCCGCCCGGCAGAAUAGCUCGUUUGGACGGGCUGGGAAAUUCGACGGGAAUGUCAUUGGCGGCACGCUGUUGGGGAUAGGAAUGGGACUCACAGGCGCUUGUCCGGGCACGGUGCUGGUUCAAGCUGCUGCUGGCGUAGCGGGCAGUCAAUUGCUACUCGCUAGUGGAGCUUUGGCGGGAGUUUUGUACAUACCGUGGAGUCAAAGCAAUCCGAAGACGCCGACGGAUCCAGCGGGCAAGCAUUCAUUAUCAGAGGCGACUGGAUACUCUUUCAAGACCGUCUUGUUGACUUACGAAGCGGCACUAUUGGCCAUGAUCACAGCUGCGUUAUAUCUGGCUCCCAAGGGUCGUUACACUGUCCAUCCAGCGGUAGGAGGCGUUCUCAUCGGGCUCGCUCAAGCCUCGUCCGUCUACUUUACCAAGAAACCGCUCGGGGCUAGUGCUGCAUACGAAGAUAUUGGCAAAAUAUUCUGGGGAUCCGUCCGAGGAACAAAGAUGCCCGGCAUCCAAAAUCUGAUUUUCGCCGCCGGCGUCAUGGCCGGUGCACGAUUGACGAUGCAAGCUCUGCCGGAGACAGCGAUGGCGUUUGCCCAUUCGACAGGCAUAUCACCCUUGAGAGCGGUCCUCGGUGGUUUCGCGCUGAUAUUUGGUGCACGCAUGGCCGGAGGUUGUACGAGUGGCCAUGGUAUUACUGGAAUGUCGACGCUUGGAGUCAGCUCGUUUGUUACAGUGCCUUGUAUGUUUGCGGGAGGCAUACUUGCUGCGAUGCUGUUGAAAACCUGA